UUAGGCCUGAGCGAGAGCCGACGGCGGGCGGGCGCAGCUGCACCCUGAGCGCCGGCGGGGCUGGUGGGCCCCGCACCCUCUCUCCUCCUUACUGCCCGCGCCCUUGGACAUGGUGGCCCCCGGCUCUGUGACCAGCCGGCUGGGCUCGGUGUUCCCCUUCCUGUUGGUCCUGGUGGACCUGCAGUACGAAGGUGCUGAAUGUGGAGUAAAUGCAGAUGUUGAGAAACAUCUUGAAUUGGGCAAGAAAUUACUUGCAGCUGGACAACUAGCUGAUGCUUUGUCUCAGUUUCAUGCUGCAGUAGAUGGUGACCCAGAUAACUAUAUUGCUUACUAUCGGAGAGCUACUGUCUUUUUAGCUAUGGGCAAAUCAAAAGCAGCACUUCCUGAUUUAACUAAGGUGAUUGAACUGAAGAUGGAUUUUACUGCAGCAAGAUUACAGAGAGGUCACUUAUUACUCAAACAAGGAAAACUUGAUGAAGCAGAAGAUGAUUUUAAAAAAGUGCUCAAAUCUAAUCCAAGUGAAAAUGAAGAAAAGGAAGCCCAGUUUCAACUUGUGAAAUCUGAUGAAAUGCAGCGUUUGCGCUCACAAGCGCUUGAUGCUUUUGAAAGCUCAGAUUAUACUGCUGCUAUAACCUUCCUUGAUAAGAUUUUAGAGGUUUGUGUUUGGGAUGCAGAACUACGGGAACUUCGAGCUGAAUGUUUCAUAAAAGAGGGGGAACCUAGGAAAGCGAUAAGUGACUUAAAAGCUGCAUCAAAGUUGAAGAAUGAUAAUACUGAGGCUUUUUAUAAAAUCAGCACACUGUACUAUCAACUAGGAGACCAUGAACUGUCCCUCAGUGAAGUUCGUGAAUGUCUUAAACUGGACCAGGAUCAUAAAAGGUGUUUUGCACACUAUAAACAAGUAAAGAAACUUAAUAAGCUAAUUGAGUCAGCUGAAGAGCUCAUCAGAGACGGCAGAUACACAGAUGCGACCAGCAAAUAUGAGUCUGUCAUGAAAACAGAGCCGAGUGUUGCUGAAUAUACGAUUCGCUCAAAAGAAAGAAUUUGCCACUGCUUUUCUAAGGAUGAGAAGCCUGUUGAAGCUAUUCGAGUGUGUUCUGAAGUUUUACAGACGGAGCCUGACAAUGUGAAUGCCCUGAAAGAUCGAGCAGAGGCCUAUUUAAUAGAAGAAAUGUAUGAUGAAGCUAUUCAGGAUUAUGAAACUGCUCAGGAACACAAUGAAAAUGAUCAGCAGAUUCGGGAAGGUCUAGAGAAGGCACAGAGGCUACUGAAACAGUCACAGAAACGAGAUUAUUAUAAAAUUUUGGGAGUAAAAAGAAACGCCAAAAAGCAAGAAAUCAUUAAAGCAUACCGAAAAUUAGCAUUGCAGUGGCAUCCGGAUAACUUCCAGAAUGAAGAAGAAAAGAAAAAAGCUGAGAAAAAGUUCAUUGACAUAGCGGCUGCUAAAGAGGUCCUCUCUGACCCAGAAAUGAGGAAGAAAUUUGAUGAUGGAGAAGAUCCCCUGGACGCAGAGAGCCAACAAGGAGGUGGAGGCAACCCUUUCCACAGAAGCUGGAACUCAUGGCAGGGGUUUAACCCCUUCAGCUCAGGCGGACCUUUUAGAUUUAAAUUCCACUUCAAUUAAACCAGCUGUUUUUCUGCUCUUCUUCCUUAAUUUUUUUAAAGAUUAAAAAGAAAGAAACCUUGUCCCGGGAUCCUAAUGGAAAAAAAAAAAAAAAAAAUUCAAAUCUCUUAGUUUGUCCAUGACCAAAGAGUUGUUUUAAUAGGAAAAAUCCGUUCUUACCCAUUUUAGACUGGAGGUUGAUGGGUCUGAGAAGGCAGAGAGGCGAAGACUCGUUCUAUUUCUGACAGAGCAGCUCAUGUAAAUGUUUGAGCCUCUGGAAGAGGGUCUGAGGGAGGUGUGCCUGUGCAAGCGCUCACAUAGUUUUCUCACCGGAGCGGUAGACAUUCUUCUUCACAGCCUCGCAUAGCCCAUCAGUGCCUGCACGAGGACGGGGAGCUGUAGUUUUUGGGAGAGCAGGUUAAGUUUUAGUAUUCUUAGGAUAUUAACAUUUUGAGCUGUGCGGUCCUAGGGACACCUUGGCUUAGAUUUUGGUCAGUCCCUUUGCUUGCAGAUACCUGUGAAAUUACAGAGCCUCGUGAAUGCACGCGCACUUGCACCUCUGCUGGCGUGAGCACGGCUGGCACUGAGGGAGGGACGGAACCCGCCUUUUGGAAAGCCUGCUGCCCAGUGGUAGCUGACAUCGCCAGGUACAGACUUUGGAUGGGUAUUAAGCGUGCAUUUUAUGUCCAGUACCUGCAAGAGAACACUGAAGACCACUGAAACAGAACUGAUUAUAAAAAUCUAUGGGCCCUUUUGUUUAAUAUGAAACAAAUUAACUAAAGGAGAAUGGGUAAUACAGCAGUGGUGUUACCUAAAAUAGAACUGAGGUGCGGAAUGAAAUACUUUAAUAGCUGAAGUUGUGAGUUAAACAGAAUUUCCUGUAACAGGAUUGGCUUGGAACUGUCAAGUUGCUCAGUUGACAGAGAGAGAGAGAGAAUGCCGUGUGCCCCACUUGUAAUCAGGGUGGUGGGGCAGCUUCUCUGACUGCCUGGCCAACCCUCUGGGGUUGCAGUCACUCCCACAUGGGACUGUCGAGGCAGGAGUUAAACUGUAGACCCGCCCCUUGCCCGGACCUCGAUGCGUCUGCUGUUCUCCUGCCAGGAAAAAUACACAUUUACAAAUCUAGUCAGCUCUGGCUGUAUUUCCAUCAUCAAGAUGGCAUCUCUUCUUGGGAUUCUGUCUUCUUACCUUUUAAGAAAUUAAGGUAUUCAGUCUUUGUGUACUGGAUAAUUUUUUCCCUAAAAAGUAUUAUUUUAAUCAAGAGCAUUAAAUAUUUAUGGAACUAUUGAUGCUGCAUUUAAAAUCUAAGAGAAUUACUUUAGAUAAGAAUGAUUACCUUCAUUCUGGAAAGGUUUUUGUUUUUUGCCUCAGAGCAUUUUGAUGAGUAUGGGUCUCUAAUAUAUUGUUUUUAUGAAGUCAGGCAUUUUAAUUUCAGUGGUGGGAAGCGUCCUGACCACAGCAGCCAAGCAUAGAGCGUUUCCUUCCAUGGUCACCCUGCAACGUACGUGAAGAAAAUUUCUUUGAGAGACAAAAAUCACAUAGUUGAGUUAAGCAAAACAUAUAUGUGCUUUUUUACAUCUACUUAGAAGUCUGUUUCUUACCAAUAAACUUAACAGUGCGUUUGGAAAAUUAGGGAACAGUUUGCAGCUUUCCUUUCUUUUUAGUAUCUUAAAAUGCAAGCCAGUGUGAAGAUGAUUUCUAAGGGAAAUUCAAUUUUGCUUAUUCUUUAAUCUUAGUAAUCUCAUUACUCCACUGUGUCAGCAAUAUAUUUUUUCCAGUCUGGUUCUUUGGUGUCUGUCGUCACUGACCGUUUUGCAAUCUAGCAAUGGCCUCUACCUACUUUUGAAGUAAGAAUUUUCAUGCAGAGUCAGAACAAGGAAAUAUCCAAUCACUUGCCUUUCCAUUCAGAGAAGAGGUCUAGAAGGAGCCCGAGGGAGUCAGGACGGUGGAGGGCUGGGCCGCGGGAGAUGCAUCCCCGGCGCCAUUACCCCACGGACCGUCCAAGCUGCCCGGACGGUGGCUUGCGUUUUCUCUACUUGCAGUAACCGUCGUUCCUGCGCCUAAACCUUUCCCGUGGAUUCAGUCUAGUUGGCGUAGCUGAAAUGUGCAGUUACUUGCUCGUCUUCAGUGAACAGAGGAGAGAACCUAUGGUGCCAUGUGCCAGUGCCACAGAGAGGGCUCAGUGACAAAAUAAUGACCCGCAAGUCCAGCCCUGCUGGGUGUCAGAGGCCACCGCCUGUCAGGGCAGACAGUCCUCCGGGCCAUCGAGGGAAAGUCGCUCCUCCUGCUGGCCCGAUGGGUGAGGUCAUCGCACGGACUGAAAAGGCACUUGUUUUGGGGCUCCUUCCAUGUGCCACUCUCUAGGCUCUUGUCUCUGGGGCCCGCAGGUGCCCGGUCACCAUGAUGGCUCUUUCUGGAAAAGUAAAACCAGAGAGGUGCCAAGCCUUAGCUGUAUUAAGGUCCUCCCUCCCUCCUCAGUAAGCUCUGGAAGCGAAGUCUCACUUGUCUGUACACUGUGGACACUUUGCCUUCCACAGCAGCCGGGAACGAGCACAGCAACCUAGAAACGCGAGAAAGGUCCUAAAAGAGAAUAAACUAAUUUAGUGCCCAGUUUUGAAAGUUUGUGCUUUCUUUCCAUGGAUAAAUGAAAAAUGGAGGACAACCUCAAUAGUUUACUGUGAAUUGGAUGAACGUCAUGCUAACUUUAAAACGUCUUCAGUCAGUGUUAAAAAUGUAUCUUAAAUAUCAGUAUGAAAGCAGAACUUUUGGGGACUCUGAUAAUGGAAUGUAAAAACUACCUUUUUUUUUUUUUUUUUUUUUUUUUUUUUGAGAAAAAUGCUGAUAACCAAGUAGGGAAAAAGUUCAUAGAAUCACAAUUUGAAAUUGGCAGCAUUUCCUAUUCAUGGUGGAAAAUGAAAGAUUACACCUUUAAAGACAUGAAAUUGGUCAGCAGUUGUGACAUUUACCAUGAAAAAAAUGCGUAAGAGACUUCCAUUAAAAGUGGUUCCUCGGUCAGGUUGUGUUUGAGCCGCCUGCCUUAAAGCCCAGAGGUCACAGUGACGGGCCUUACAGACAUUUUCAGAGUACACAUCAGCGGUGGCACCUAGAGAAGUUCACGCAGCCUCGUUGAACGUAGUGAUUUUUCCGUAUUUGUAAAGGAAGGAGGAAGGCAAAUGCUCAUUUGUCCACAAAUAACAUCCUUACUCUAAAUCAGAUCAUUCCUUUUGUUAGCAGAGUCUAUGCUGUAAUUGCAAAUGAUGUUAAUAGGUGGGGAUGAUUUUUUUUUUUUAAAUAGAUCUCAUUUGCUGAAUGAUUUAAGAGUCAGAUUAGCCACUGCGUGGCCUUGUGUAUAAGUAACAGGUUUUGUUGCACUCGUCUGUGGUCGGCCCCUCCUGCCUGCAGGGGAAGGAAAGAGUGUGGAGGAGGUGGAUCCUGGAGAUGUUUGAGAAGUUAAAAUAUUACUCCUACUAUAAGGCUAUAGCUGGUUUUGAGUGAGACAAGACUAAGUAACUUAAUCCAUCCCAAGUUAGUGUUUUAAUAAACUGAAAAUUAAUUGAAAUGGGUCUCAGAUAUGUCUGCAAAUAUGGGUACUAUUUUUAUGCCCAUGUAUUUUCACAUUUAAUAAAAAUAUUUAUGGUCAAAUCA